UAUAUUGUGGUGAUGAUGAUUGAGAUGUGAGUGGCAAAAGCGGCGUACAUGGUGUCGCUAUAAUAGCACGCCUGACUCUUCGCUAAUACGUUCCUUCCAACCCCAAUCACUCAAUCACCGUCCUUAGUCGUUGCUUCUUCCACCCCCACCACUCAUAACCCGACACGUGUUCCACCACACUUUCCUCCUCUUCUUGCUAUGUCUCUGCACCAAAACUCAGUGUUCUGAUGCUGAGCCAAAACCGAAGCACCAUGGACAUGAUUCCUGGGAAGAUCCGAAAACGAGGCUGUUCCUCCUCCGCCUCCUCCUCUUCCUCCGUGCUCCACAACUACCGCUUCAAGAGGACUAUUCUCGUCGGAAAGCGGGGCGGAUCUAGUACGCCCGUGCCCACGUGGAAGCUCAUGAGCUCGAGAUCUCCGCUCCGGGCAUUGGCCUCCCCCAAAUACCCGCCGUCGCAGACGGCUAACAAGUCCCUCCAAGCUCCGGUCUCCGCCAGGAAGCUCGCCGCCACGCUCUGGGAGAUGAACGAGAUUCCUUCGCCCAGCGUCAGGUCCAAGAAGGAACUCAGAACCAGAGAAAGAGUUCCCAGGUCCAUGCGUUCUGGUUCUUUGCCUCCCCAUUUGUCCGAUCCAUCACACAGUCCUGUGUCCGAGAGAAUGGAUCGAUCUGGAACCGGAAGUCGCCAAAAAAGAACUCCGUCUAUUUCUCACAGGGCUAGGAUCACUGAACACCAUGUUGGUCCUUUGGAUUCUCUUAGCAAUGCCAGUCUCAUGGAGAUUGAAACUAGAUCCCGAGCACAGACCCCUGCUUCAUCUGCUGUUGGAGUUAAAGGACGUUUAAAAGAUGUUAGUAAUGCUUUAACGACAUCCAAAGAGCUACUUAAAAUUAUAAACCGGAUGUGGGGUCAUGAAGAUCGUCCUUCAUCUAGUAUGUCUCUUAUCUCAGCUCUGCAUACUGAGCUGGAGAGGGCUCGCCUACAGGUCAAUCAACUUAUCCAGGAACAACGCUCAGAUCAGAAUGAGAUAAAUUAUUUGAUGAAGUGUUUUGCUGAAGAAAAGGCUGCUUGGAAAAACAAGGAGCAAGAAAUUGUUGAGGUUGCAAUUGAAUCUAUUGCUGGGGAACUCGAUGUAGAGAGGAAACUCAGGAGACAAUUAGAAAGCUUGAACAAGAAGCUUGGGAGAGAACUGGCUGACACUAAAGCUUCCCUUCUUAAGGUGGUGAAAGAGCUUGAAAGUGAGAAGAGAGCAAGAGAAAUUAUUGAGCAAGUAUGUGAUGAGUUAGCAAGAGAUGCUGAUGAAGAUAAGUCUGAGAUUGAGAAACAAAAGAGAGUGUCUACAAAAGUUUGUGAAGAGGUAGAGAAAGAAAAGGAAAUAAUGCAGUUGACCGAUAGGUUACGUGAGGAGAGAGCUCAAAAGAAACUCUCUGAUGCAAAAUAUCAGCUUGAGGAAAAGAAUGCAGCUGUUGAUAAGCUAAGGAAUCAACUUGAAGUUUUUCUUGGAGGCAAACAAGUUAGAGAAAAGAGUCGCAGUUCCACUCACUUGAAUGAUGAAGAAAUUGCUGCCUAUCUCAGCAGAAGCCGAUUAGGUUCCCAUCUCGUUGAAGAUAAAGAAGAUGAUGGAGGAGAGGUUGACAAUGGAGUAGAAUGCGAGGAGGAAUCUGCUGAAAGUGAUCUGCAUUCUAUAGAGUUAAAUAUGGACAACAACAAGAGUUAUAAGUGGACCUACCCUCCUGAAAGCAGAUUUGAUACAAGAAGAUAUCCAAUUGAGGAAGAAGUGAAAGGUAGUAGGAGGUCUACCUCUGGGAAAACUUCAAGGAAAAGCACAUCUCUGCAAAGGAGUAUAUCAGAUGGAAUGGAAUGGGGAGUCCAAGCUGAUAAGCUUCAAAAUUCAGGAGAUGGGAUAGAUUGGGAAAGCUUUUAUGAACUGGAAAAGCAAGCUCAAGGAAAAGGUUACGGGGAUGAAAUGCAAGGCUAUAAAUCAGUGAAAGGUCUUAGGGAUCAGAUAUUGGCUGGUUCUAGGCUUGCAUCUUAUAGAGGUUAUGCCAGUCCAACUAGACAAUUUUCCCAGCCUUGGUCAUCACGAGAUCUCACAAAUAACUUCCAGGAAAGACCUGCUACAGCACAGGGCAAUGGUCUAAAAUCAAGGUUAGGGGAAGCCAGGGGUGAGGGCCAGAAUCUAAGGAAGUCAAAAAGGUGAGUUAAAGCUCAUAACUUUUGCCACAAUGCUUUGGUUGUGAAGGCCAUACCCGUUUGCUUCUGCUACCAUGAUGGCUGGUAAAAAUGCAGGACAGAGAUUCUCAUAGAUCCGCUUACCAUUAGGUGAAAGCUGAAGGAAGCUUUCCUCCUUUCAAGUUUUUAUCUUUUUGAUAGCCCAUGGCUGCUGAAGUUGCAGCAAUCGCUGCUUAAAUUGUCGUUUGACUUUAUGUGUAGGUAUGAUCGUGUUUGUAGAGUUCAGAACAUGUUAUAUAAGUAUAGCGAGUUUUUGUUUUCUCCUCUAACAUAUGCUCAAGGUGAUGAAAGAACAUUUUGUAUUUUCUCCUUUCUGUAUCUAAGGAUACUAUCACUUUGUCUCCCACAAGGUGUUUUAAAGA